AUCAUGGUUAUCAAAUAUUACAACUUGCUCAGCUACUGAAUAUUUCUCCGGGCUAGUCUCCAGCCAGAUGCUAAUGACGUCAGUGGUAAAUACACGCCCUUUCUAGCCGUACGGUGUGUCCGACGCAUAAAUUCCUCAGCGCCCUCUACGCUUUGGUAGGUCUUCCUGUCCAAACCCCAUUCUUUGCUAUGUCAGGCACCAGAACCCCAAGCUCUGGCACCCCUGAGCCGUAUGUGCCCGACCGCCGCGGCUCCAUCCAGAUUCCGCUGACGCCGUCGCAUGUCAGCGGCUUGCGCGACCCGCUCCAAACGUUAUUCCGCGAGCCUGGAACGUUCCAAGAACAACGCUUCAACGAGGAUUCCUUUCGCACGGGUGACUUUUCUGCCAAGGGGUUCAAGAGUCAAGUACUGGAGCUGUCGUUCCGCCGCGAGGUACCAGUUCAAGUAGACAUCGAACCGUCAUCGCUGAUGGUAAAGUUAUCCGGAGGAUUUGAAGCCGUCCAGCGUGAAGUGCGUGUCUUGCAGAGGACUGGCUCCGCUGCUAGUCACGGGGGAUUGUCCAUGGGUCUCCGUGAACCCUCAGCCAGCGCCACGGCUGGUAUUGUCAGCGAGGGCUUUCCCGAAAGCUCAAGCCCAACAAGACGCGAGCCGUCUCGCGAUUCAGGUGAUGACCCCUUGUCCCAUGAUUCAGGUGGCCAUGGACUCUUUGACGCUCCACCCUUUAUGGUAACCAUUAAUCCAGUUGUAAGCCCCCGUAGGGCCUCCCCCAUUGACCUUGACCACCCUGAUCCGAAGCUUGUAGAGGCAGUGGAGCGCCACUUGGUUGACCCUUCGCCCACUCCUGCCAUUUCCGGUCUGGCCUCUCCGCUUGCGACCUCCACCUUGGGCCGCGAUUUCGACUCGGCCUUCGACUCGCUCCAGUCGCAGGGUGGCGACAUGACACGAGAGUUGUACAACUGGACGGCGCGCAACCGCUCGCAGCCCAACUCGCGCCGCCCGUCGGUGCGCCGUGCCAACUCCGUGGGCUCCCGCGCAUCCAGUCACCCGGCCAACGAAAUCCGCGUGCCCGGUGGCUUCCGCCGCCUGUUCAUUACCGCGCGCCACGAGCAGCAGGCGCGCCAUGGCCGGUCGCAGCCGCCACCAAACUUUCUCACACGCAACUUUGUGGAGUUUCUCGCACUCUACGGGCACUUUGCAGGUGAGGAGUUGAGCGACUCCGACAGCGAAGACGAAGAGAGCUUAAUGGAUGAGCCGUUGCCCCUUGCGACUGAAGAGGACCACUUGCUCCGCGAAUCGGCCCAGAAACGCAUGCGCCAGCAGCGCACGCGCUUGGCCAGGCAGGCGGGAACUUCCACCGGAAAGACGCUCUUGCUUCUUCUCAAGGCAUUCAUCGGGACGGGGGUCUUAUUUCUCCCGAGGGGCUACUUUAACGCGGGCUGGCUCGUGUCACUGUCGCUCCUAAUCUUUUUUUCGUGCUGCUCAUUCUACUCCUUCACACUCCUUAUGGAUGUGAAAGCCUCGGUACGAGUUUCCUCCUUCGGUGACUUGGGGCUUGUGCUCUUUGGUUCCUGGUUCCGCCGCGUUAUCCUCACGGCAAUCAUUUUGUCGCAGAUUGGCUUUGCCUCAGCGUACAUCGUGUUUGUGGCGGAAAACCUUCGUGCUUUGGCCCAGAGCUUGCUCAGCACCGAGCUCUCCAUUCGCUUGUGCAUCGGCGCGCAGGUCACGCUCUUCCUCCCGUUGUGUCUCACUCGCCAGAUCGGAAAGCUCUCGGUCUCCGCGCUCAUCGCUAACGCCUUCAUCUUCUUGGGCAUUAUUUACGUUUACUGCUACUCUGGUUACCUCGUAUUCACCCGGGGAGUUGCCCCCGACGUUGCAGCCUUCAACGCCGAGUCUUGGACCAUCUUUGUGGGCACCGCCAUCUUCUCUUACGAGGGCAUCGGCUUGCUCUUACCCAUCGAAGCAGCCAUGGAAAAGCCCGAGCAGUUCCGCAUGACUCUCACCAUCACCAUGCUCACCGUAACCUUCAUCUUUGUCACUCUCGGCGGAAUCGGCUACUUUGCCUUUGGCAGCGCCGUGGAAACCGUCGUGCUCUUGAACUUUCCCCAGGACUCGCUCUCCGUCCACCUCGCCCAGUUGCUCUACGCGCUUGCCAUCUUGCUUAGCACGCCGUUGCAGUUGUUCCCUGCCAUCAAGAUCCUCGAGCAUGGCGUAUUCGGCCGCUCAUCGGGCAAACUGAACCCGUCGGUGAAGUGGAGCAAGAACGCUUUUCGCUCUGCCGUGGUUCUUGGCACCACAUUGAUCGCCAUCGUGGGGGCCAAUGACUUGGACAAGUUUGUCAGUUUCAUAGGCAGCUUUGCGUGCAUCCCUUUGCUUUACAUCUUUCCACCGUUGUUGCACUUACGGUGUAUGCGCCAGAACGCGUUGCGUGUGCCGCUCGCGAUGGUUGUCGUGGAUAUUGCCGUUUUGGCUUUUGGCUGUAUUAUGAUGGUGUACACUCUGGUGGAGAACGUUCGGUCGUGGAUGUAAUGGUGUGUUUUAUGUGAGGUAUGAUUGGCAUACCAGUUAACAGCUGUGUAGAAGUGAAUGAUAUUGUAAUAUUGAUUAUUGGUAUAUUUGAUGAUCUAUUGGAGGGACG